AUGCUCCGCUCACAUGGUUCCUGCGGUUGUUUGCCGUCGUCGUGUUCCCUCAUUGCGUCGCGAUUCCCGCCGUCUGAACAAAUAGCGAUAGGCAACUGCAGGUUGCGGGCGUUCUCUGGGUGCCACGUGGAGUUUCAUUUCCGCGGUUCAGGGUGUGUGUUUGCGUGUGUUUUAAAAACAGAAGAGGAAUUUGAGAAGGCUGCUAAGUAUGUGCAGACUUCUGGAAAGGACAGCGGCCUGAACCCGACGAACGACCAGAAGUUGGAGUUCUACAAGUACUACAAGCAGGCAACCGUAGGCGACUGCAAUGAGCCUGCGCCUGGGCUGCUGGCCUUCGAGGCGAAGGCGAAGCACGGCGCAUGGACGUCUGUCAAAGGCAUGUCCAAAGAUGAGGCCAUGAAAAAAUAUGUUGAGGCACUAGAUAAGCUCCAGCCUGCGUGGCGCGAAAAGGCAGCAUAA